AUGAACAUAGAAGAAGAUUCGUCGUUAACCUAUGAAGUGGAUUUUGAGGAAUCGACGUUAAUUAAUGAUGAAAAUGAUGAACUGGCGAAGGAUAUAUCAGUUGAUAGUUAUGCAAAUGAUCAGUGGCGAGAUUUACGACGUUUAACUGAACGAGCUUCAUCAUUUGCGCAUCCCGCUUUCACUCCUGGAGUUCAUAACUUAGAAGCAAUUCGUAAAUGUAAAUUAUUAGUCGUUGGCGCUGGUGGUUUAGGAUGUGAAUUAUUAAAAAAUUUGGCAUUCUCUGGCUUUCGAUGCAUUCAUGUUAUCGAUAUGGAUACAAUCGAACUCUCAAAUCUCAAUCGGCAAUUUCUUUUUAGAGAAAAAGAUGUUGGAAAAUCAAAAGCCGAAGUUGCUGCAGCAUUUAUAAAUGAACGAAUCGGCGAUUGCAAUGUUAUUGCUCAUUAUUGCAAAAUUCAAGACAAGGAUGAUGAUUUCUAUCGAAAUUUUGAUAUAGUGAUUAGUGGUCUCGAUUCAGUUGUUGCAAGGCGAUGGUUAAAUGCGAAAUUGGUUAGUUUAGUUGAAUGGGAUGAAAAAGGAAGGACAAGAGGAAUUAUUCCUUUAAUUGAUGGUGGUACAGAAGGAUUCAAGGGAAAUUCUCGAGUUAUAUUUCCUACCUUGACUGCAUGCAUUGAAUGUACUAUCGAUCUCUAUCCUCCGCAAGUUAACUACCCAUUAUGUACCAUAGCUCAAACACCUCGCUUACCUGAGCAUUGUAUCGAAUACGUUAAAGAGUUACUGUGGCAGAAAGAAAAGCCUUUUGGUGAUGUGCCUUUGGACACUGAUGACAUGGAGCAUAUUGAAUGGGUACUGUCGGCAGCGAAAUCCAGAGCUGAAGAAUUUGGAAUUCAAGGAGUAGAUUUGCGACUCACGAAAGGCGUUUUAAAACGAAUAAUUCCAGCAGUAGCUUCGACUAAUGCAGUUAUUGCUGCAUCAUGUGCGUUGGAAGUUUUAAAAUUGGCUUCAAAUAUCUCUUGUCCUAUGUCGAAUUACUUAAAUUUUUCAAAUGUGGAAGGAGUGUUCGUUGGAAUAGUGGAAUUGGAGAAAAAUGCAGAUUGUACAGUAUGUAGUCCCAAGGCCCAUUAUUUUGAAGUAUCUUCGACAAAGCCUUUUCGUCAUUUUAUUGAGACGCUCAUUAAUAAAUUCAAACUUGUUAAUCCUUCAGUACAAACAACAAUGGAUAAAUUGUAUGUGAAGAAUAGUUUGCUUCCGGAAUUACACCGUAUAAGUACUCAGAAUCUUUCUAAAACUUUUACCGAACUUGGAAUAUCAAAUGGUGAUGAAUUAAUUGUUGCGGAUGAAAGUCGUUCACAACCAAUUUCAUUUCGUAUUCGCUUGUGUGAAGAAAUGCGCGAAUAA